CAUGAACCCCGAGAGCUUCGCGGCGGGCGAGCGGCGAGUUUCGCCGGCAUACGUGAGGCAGGGCCGCGAGGCUCGGCGUGCGCACGAGCACCUCAUCCAGCUGCUUCUAGAGCAGGGCAAGUGUCCAGAGGAUGGCUGGGAUGAAAGCACACUUGAGCUCUUUCUGCAUGAGCUUGCAGUCAUGGAUAGCAACAAUUUCUUGGGUAAUUGUGGGGUGGGAGAAAGGGAAGGGAGAGUGGCCUCUGCUUUGGUUGCUCGUCGUCAUUACAGGUUCAUCCAUGGAAUUGGGCGGUCUGGUGAUAUUUCUGCUGUGCAACCAAAAGCUGCAGGCUCUAGCCUCUUGAACAAAAUUACCAAUUCUUUGGUGCUUAAUGUCAUCAAGCUGGCCGGUGUUCAUUCCGUGGCCAAUUGCUUUGUAGUUCCUAUGGCAACUGGUAUGAGUCUAACCUUGUGUUUCUUAACAUUGCGACACAAAAGACCUAAGGCCAAGUAUAUCAUAUGGCCGCGGAUAGACCAGAAGUCCUGUUAUAAGUCCAUGGUCACUGCAGGUUUUGAACCAGUGGUGAUUGAAAAUGUGUUGGAAGGCGACGAGCUGCGUACUGACCUGAAUGCCGUGGAGGCUAAAGUCCGGGAACUCGGGCCUGAUCAUAUUCUGUGCAUUCAUUCUACUACAUCCUGUUUUGCUCCAAGGGUCCCUGAUAGAUUAGAAGAACUGGCUGUGAUUUGUGCUAAUUAUGACAUUCCGCAUGUAGUCAACAACGCUUAUGGAUUACAGUCUUCCAAGUGCAUGCAUCUCAUUCAGCAGGGGGCUCGGGUUGGUAGAAUCGAUGCUUUCGUUCAGAGCUUGGACAAAAAUUUUAUGGUUCCAGUAGGUGGUGCUAUAAUUGCUGGCUUUAAUGAAUCCUUCAUUCAGGAAAUUAGCAAGAUGUAUCCAGGAAGAGCUUCAGCUUCGCCAUCCUUAGACGUUCUCAUCACCUUGUUGUCACUGGGCUGCAAUGGCUACAAGAAACUGUUGAAGGAAAGAAAGGAAAUGUUUGUGUAUUUGUCCACCCAACUGAAGAAGUUGGCUGAGGCCUACAAUGAAAGACUGCUACAAACACCUCACAACCCUAUAUCUUUAGCCAUGACACUCAGGACAGUAGAUGAACAGCAUGACAGAGCUGUCACCCAGCUUGGUUCAAUGCUUUUUACCAGACAGGUUUCUGGAGCCAGGGCUGUGCCUCUUGGGUCUGUGCAAACUGUGAGUGGCCACACUUUUCAAGGCUUCAUGUCCCAUACAGAUAAUUACCCUUGUGCUUACCUCAAUGCGGCGGCAGCCAUCGGGAUGAAGAUGCAGGAUGUGGACUUGUUCAUAAAGAGACUUGAGAAGUGCUUAAACACCUUAAGAAGAGAACAAAAUAGAGCAAGUGCUGUGUCUGUAGCUGAUGACUGUAACAGAGCUGGAGAUGUGGACAUUGAGGAAAUGGCUUUGAAACUCGAUAGUGUGCUUGGUGACAAGGACCAACGACCUUCAUGACACAGGUUUCUUUUUGCUAUGGUUCAUACAAGCACUUUAAAGGAUAUAUUUAAAGUUUUGAAUUGAGAAUUUUAUAGAGAAUGUUCUGUCAAGGAAGAGACUGGUCUGAGGGUAGCUGUUGGUGAUUGCUGUCUUUUUAUCCUUAGAAUACCUCAGUCCUUAUGAUUCUUAAUAGGUUAUAACAUGCAGUCACAAUGAACAUUAUCUGAUUGUUAUAUUAGUUAAACAACACAAUUCAGAUGAUUCUUACUAAUAUAAACUGUAAAGUUACGUGUAAUUCUUAUUGAAAUACAGAGUGCUUCUUCUUA